CUGUGUUUUCACUUCCUUUCGCUUAAGCUACUCCUUUGCUCGCCGGUGCUUGAAUGAACAUGGCGGCCGGGGAAGCCAAGUCCGUGUUGUUCGUGUGUUUGGGGAAUAUUUGCCGAUCGCCCAUAGCCGAAGCUGUUUUUAGAAAACUUGUAACUGAGGAAAACGUUGAAAACAAGUGGAGGAUAGACAGUGCAGCAACGUCUACAUAUGAAAUAGGAAAUCCUCCAGAUUAUCGGGGCCAGAAUUGCAUGAGGAAUCAUGGCAUAACUAUGAAUCAUGUUUCCAGGCAGGUUACAAAAGAUGAUUUCCUGACAUUUGAUUAUAUGCUUUGUAUGGAUGAAAGCAAUCUUCGAGAUCUGAAAAGAAAAAGCAAUCAAAUUGAAAAAUGCAAAGCUCAGAUUCAGCUGCUUGGGACCUAUGAUCCACAGAAACAGCUUAUUAUUGAAGAUCCAUACUAUGGGAGUGAUAAAGACUUUGAAACUGUUUAUCAGCAGUGCCUUAGAUGCUGUAAAGAAUUCUUGGAAAAAUCUCAAUAAUGGAGUUGAACAUUUCUUAAAACAAAUAGCCAUUCUGUAAAAUUAAUAAACUAAAAUGUUAAUUGACAUUAAAUUGUGAUAUUAUGAAUAAAAAAGGUCUCAAUUGAACAUUCUUAAUUUUAGUUUUGUCCUGCAGCUACAGUGUAUAUCCUAUCUGAGACAUGCUAGGUUUUUAGAAAGAGUAUUCACCUUGAUCAAAUGUCCAUGUAAGGAAUAAAUAUUUGUCUAACGCUAAACUGAAUAAAUGUGUGAUUCUUAAGUGUACAUAUUCUGCAUAAUAUGUGUAGGGAUUCCUGUAUAUAUACACUAAAAUUGUAUGUUCAUGUCUAUUUUCUGAUGCUACUCUUAAAUAUGGAACCUUUAACUUUAAACAUCUUGCUUAAAAUUACAUUUACUUCUUGAAAUUGCAUUAAUACACAAGAUAUUAUGUUUUGUCACAUAAGUACAGUAGGCUAGUGAAAUGGUAGAUUUUAACCUUUCAGUGAGUCCCAGUAUUGGGCAAAAGGCGGGAUACUAAUACUAAUGUCAUACAGGAGGAAAACUAGCAGAAAAAUAGUUUAGAAUAGAUGUGACAUAUGAACUUUACAAUUCUGCAUAAAGUCAGAAAAAGCUGAAAGUGUCGUAUUUGUUGUAUCAUUAGAAUUCUUCUACUUAUUAAAAAAUAGUUUUCAGCCCUAAUGUUUCUGAGAUGAUGCUUGAAAGAAGAUAGGAACCACCUUUGAAGUGUUGGGGGAUGAGGAUGCAAAGCAACAUUGAAUAGGUUCAAUGUUUUGAUAAGCUUCUUGCUCCUACCCUGUACUAACAGAAGCAGAAUAAAUUACAUAAAUGUGCACACCUUUGGUAACAUACACAAAGUGCAAAAUGCCAGUUACCGUGGCAUAGAAUGUAGACUUUGAUUUUAGUGUGUCUAUAUAUAACCCUGGUUAUAGCUUAUUGAGGACAAACAUAUCUGAGGUACUAAAAGGAGUUCUCAUGUCCCUUAUUGCUGUGAUGCUUUUCCUGAAUAUUCUCAUACAGAAGCUAACUUUUCUUUUUCCUAAAGCUUUUAAAACUUGAUGUUGUUUGGACUUUACACUGUUAGUUUUACCCUACCCAGUGCCUGUUUACCCUACCCAGUGCCUGUUUACAUUCUCUUCCCCUCCUUAUUGCUUUACUAUGAUUUUAUUAGAUUGUAAGCCUAUGCGGCAGGGUCUUGCGAUUUACUGUUUUACUCUGUACAGCACCAUGUACAUUGAUGGUGCUAUAUAAAUAAAUAAUAAUAAUAAUAAUUAUGCCCUUCUAUCAUGCUCCUCUUCUCCACUCUACCAAACUCCUCCUUAUUGUUGGUUUGCUUCCAAGUGGGUGAUAAAUAAGUACAACAGUUACUGAUACUCUUCUGAGCUUCUAUUCUUGCAUUACUUGUAGGGAUCUUUGAAUGUUUAAUUCCAAUCUUUUUGUCCACUGUUUUACAUUCACUUCCUAAUCAUGUGCAGGCAGUAUAGGUUCUUGACCCAAAGAGUCUAAGCAUUAUGAUGUGUGACUCCAGGUUAUCGUCAUUUGGCUUCUCUCUUUCCCCCAACCCCUCUCCUUCCUUGAAAGAGUAUUGUGGCUUAAAAACUGCACCAAAGAAAAGCUUCUGUUACACAGAAGCAGGCAACAAAUUCCAUAGUGUGAUGAGAUCAUGUACAAUGACUCUAUAUACUAGAAUGCAGUAAAGGACGUAAGAUGUACCUGGGAAAGGAUACUAUUGAAGUAAUGUGUCCUUCAAGUAAGGAAUAGUUGGACAUAAAAUAAGAUGUUGCUAUGAAUAAAUGAGUAUUUGUAAAUAA